UGGAGUCACGUGAUCAUAUUUGUCGCUGGAAAGGAGCGACGAGCGACUCCAUGAGGCCGCGCCAGGUAUCGAGUGACGAGCGACUGUGUGCGACUUUUCGAGUCGCGGGAAAUUUAGAAAUUUAAAAAAUAGGGUAAUGUUAUCGGGUUUGUCUCUGUAAACGAGCGACGAACGAUUGCGUGCGGUUACGCCUUAACCCAAGUCUAGUCAACUAAACUAGUCACUGUCAAUGUCAUUUAGACAAGUGGUAUUUGGAGGUUAAGAAUUUAAAAAAUAAUAUUAAUUUUUAAUAAAUAAAUAUUCAGUUAGUUGUAACAUGGCUUUACGGUGCACCAAACUGUUGGGACUCAUUAGACGGUCGAGUGUAAUUCGCCAUAGUUAUAUUACAACAUCCGUUACUUUGCCAGAAGAAAUAAAACUUCCGAAACCAAAGGAAUUCAAAACAGAAGAUAACUUAGUUUAUUUAGAGGAUCAAGAUAACUUUGGUACUCUAUCAAAAUCAACUUAUACCUUUUCUGAAGAAAUAGAGGAUGCAGGAGAUAAACAGGAACAAGAUUUUUUGCAAAACGUACCAGUACGAUCUCAGAAGCUGACUACCAAACAAUAUGCGGAUAUAAUUAAGCAGUAUUUAAAGUAUAGGAGACUUAAAGAGGCAAUUGAUGUUUUAGAAGUAAGAAUGUUGAAAGAAGACAAAGUAAAACCUGAAAACUAUAUUUAUAAUAUUCUGAUUGGAGCAUGUGCAGAUGUCGGCUACACUAAAAAAGCAUUUAAAUUGUUUAAUGAAAUGAAAAGGCGGGCUCUUAAACCGACUGGUGAUACAUAUACUUGUCUAUUCAGUGCUUGUGCAAACAGUCCUUGGCCAGUAGAUGGUUUGAAAAAUGCUAAGCAUUUAAGAGAACUCAUGAUUGAAAAAGGAAUAGAACCCAACAUAACAAAUUAUAAUGCCAUGAUAAAAGCCUUUGGCAGGUGUGGCGACAUAGCCACAGCUUUUCAAAUUGUUGAUGAAAUGAUUUUAAAGAAGAUAAAAGUCAGAGUGCAUACUCUAAAUCAUUUGUUUCAUGCCUGUAUUUCAGAUAAACAAAAUGGUUUACGACAUGCUCUACUUGUGUGGAGAAAAAUGUUAUUAAUGAAAGAGAAACCUAACAUUUAUACUUUUAAUUUAAUGUUGAAAUGUGUAAAAGACUGUAAUCUAGGAAGUAAAAGUGAUAUAGAGGAACUAAUUAACACUAUCCAAUCUCAGAUGCUAAUACAAAGUAAAAGAAGGAGUCAAAUAAAACUGAUAGAGUCUAAUGAAUUAAUAAAUGUACCAGAAGCCCAAUUAUUGAUUGAACCACCUGAAGAUAUACUUAAAAUAAACAAAGAUACUGAUAAGCUUAACAAUUCUAAAAAUGCAUUGAAUGAAUUAAUGAUACAAGAGAAGCAAAAUGUACAAAUAGAAUUUGUGAACAAACUUACCAAAAUUGACACAAAUGAGAGAUCUGUACCUAACUUACUGUCUAAAGUGUUAAAUAUGGAGCAAGUAACUGCACUACAAGAAGUUCAAACCGUACAGGAUAAGUUUGCAGUGAUUGGUGGCCAAGAUGACUUUCUAAAGGAGAUGAGUACAUAUUCUGUGAAACCAGAUAUUAAGACAUUUACACAAAUAUUACCACUAUUAGAUAAUACUACGGAAGCUGAAGAAAAAUUACUAAAAAGUAUGAAAGCUCUAGAGAUUAAAGCUGAUAUUGAUUUCUACAACAUGCUCAUAAAGAAACGGUGUUUGAGAUCUGAUUAUGAUGCUGCUGUUAGUGUAAAAGAUUACAUAAAUGACGAAAUAGAGUACCGAAAGAAACGGUAUCCACAUUCAAAAAAGUUAAAACUAAAAUUGAAUAUAAUGACUUAUGGGGUGUUGGCCAUGACAUGCAAAACCAAAGAAAGCGCAGAAAAACUCCUCAGUGAAAUGGCGGACAAACAACUCAAAGUAAACAUUGAAAUUCUGGGAACCCUGUUAAGAAAUGGAACCGCAAGUGCUAACUUUGGCUAUGUGUUAUACAUUAUGAAUGUAGUAAAAAAAGAAAAUAUAAAAGUAAAUGCUACGUUUUUAAAGCACCUGGAAAAUUUUAAUGACCGUUGUAUCAGAAAUCUCAAAGAGAAUAAUGCCUCAGCUGUAUUUAAGAAAGCUUUUGAAAUUUUCGCCAAGUUCUAUAGUACAUGGUUAAAAGAAACAAAUGUUGAAGAAGCAUUGAAACCAGAACAUCCUUGGCAGCAAUUUAGACAAAAGUUUCCAGAGACAGUGCAGCGGGACAGUGUGCAAAUCAAAGAGCCAAAAAGGUUUUAUAAGAAACAUAAAAAAUAUGUAAAAUACACACCUAAGAUUGUAAAUUAAAGACAGAUUACAAAUA